AAAUCAUGCAAUGCUGCUAGGAGCUCAGUUUUGUUCAGAUUCAUUCUCUUCAAUUUCUCUUGAUGCAUUUAGCAAAAACGUUUCUUAUUCAUUUUAUGCAAGAAUUGAGCUCAUUGGCCCCCUGGAAGUUCAAGGAAAGUUUGGAACUUUACAAAGGAAACAAAUCACUCUUGUAGAUGAUGACGGUGCCAAGUUACAAUUUCUACUGUGGGGUGACCAGGUUGUCCUGGCAAAUCUUUUCAGUGAGGGAAGUAUGCUUGCACUGGAUGAACCAUAUAUUUCAAGGUCCGCAGACACUGCAGCUGAAACAAGUGCUGAAGUUUCCCUUGAAUUUGGUAGUGCAACACAAUUGUUUUUGGUGCCUUUUGUUCAACACAAGGAACAAGUGUGUGUAUCACUGACACCAAAUCGCCAUCAAGGAUCAAGACUGCUAAGCACAUUAGAUCCCAGUCAGAGUACACAAGUUUCUCAAGUUUCCUUGCCCUGUGAUUCACACGGGUCUAUUGAGUUUAGUAGUUAUCCUUUUCAAUCCUUCAUUACCGAUCUUCGUAACAUGAUGACAGGCGUCAGCCUUUACGGUGUUGUUACAAGUAUCAUCAAAGAAAGAUGUACCACAGAAGCUAUCUUCUCAUUGCAAAUUGAAGAUACCACUGGAACAAUUUGGACUAAAUUACAUUUUGUGAAAUAUUGGUCACUGGGAAGAUUAAGCCUUGGCCACACCGUCUACAUAUCAGGUCUGACAUGCUCUAUGAAAAAGCGGAAGGGGUUCCAGCUAAAUAGAUGCAACGACAGCCUAGAAGCAAUAUGGUCCGAGAAUACUCGUGGAGCUUCUUUCUUCAACCUCAGUAGCUUGCCAGCGCUGCUAAAUUCAUCUUGUCUUCAUAAACUAACAAAGCUCUCUGAUCUUUCCAGCCAGACUAGCUGUACUCAGAUAGUUCACAUUCAGCUUGAAAUGGUUCAAUUUCAUCUCAGUACAAGGUUGUCACAUGCCGUAUGUGGUCAUUUUGUUACUGAGCAACCCAUGGGAGUUUCUAAAUGCAGCUUCUGUAAUGAGAAUUGUGAUGAAGUAAUUCGCACUUUCCACCUGAAAAUGACUCUUGCUGACAAGAGUGGGAAAGUUUUUGCAUGGUGUACUGGUCAUACUGCUACAGAGAUCCUGCAAAUAUCUCCUGAUGAAUUCUUUGAACUACCUGAGGAAGAACAAGUUAUGUAUCCCGCUUCAUUAGAUAAUGAGAGGUUCAUGGUUGCAAUUGUUAACUGCAAAAGGCAAGGUUCUGGACCUGGUGAUGCUCUGGUGCUAGCAACUGAGGGAAUCUCAUGGGAGAUUACUCGUGCACUGAAGUGCGAUUAAUGUUUCGCUUGCAAACGAGUAGGGGGAGUUGAACUUAGGGACCUCUACUAAUAUUUUGUUGG